GCUGUAAAUCAUAACAUUUAGAUCUCAGCGACGUCGUUUUGGUGCUCUCAAUAAACCCUUGGAAUCAGUCUCGGAGCUUUGGACGAUCGGUCGCCGUCGGAAUAAUUCGUCAUCCUCCCGUCACCGGAAAAUUACCAUGUCCGCCGGAGAAUCCGAUCCCGACCAUGGACAAGAUUCAGCAGACGCUUUAAGAUCCGAAUUAGAGUUUCUGAGGAACCGAAUAAAGGAAUUAGAGAUCGAAAAUGGCAGUUUGUUGUCCCGGGUUUCAAGCUGUAAGUGUCAGCAGAUGGAAGUGAUGCAUGAGGGUUUAGUUUCAGAUGCUGGUAGCUUAGUUGUGAGAAGCAAGAAAGUUAGAACAGGAGAUGUUAAUAAAAUUCCGAGCAAUCUUAUUGCGAAGAGAUAUGUGGCUCUAAAGGUCAUGUAUUUUGGUAAGAGGUUUUAUGGUUUUGCAUCCGAAGCACAGAUGGAACCAACUGUUGAGUCAGAAAUUUUUAAGGCACUCGAGAAGACAAGACUUUUGGUUGGCGAUAAGAAGGAAUCUUGUUACUCAAGGUGUGGCAGGACAGAUAAGGGUGUUUCAUCCACAGGACAGGUGAUUGCUCUGUUUAUUCGAUCAAAACUCAAGCCACCUUUUGAAAACAUUGUUUCCCACUCGGAUGAGCAAAUUGAGGGAGAAAUAGAUUAUGUAAGAGUGUUGAAUCGUGCUCUUCCAGAUGACAUCCGGGUUAUGGGAUGGUGUCCUGCUCCACUAGAUUUUCAUGCAAGGUUCAGUUGUUUGGCUAGAGAGUACAAAUAUUUCUUUUGGAGAGAAAGUUUGGAUCUCUCGGCCAUGGAUAUUGCUGGUAAAAAGUUCAUCGGGGAGCAUGACUUCAGGAACUUUUGCAAGAUGGAUGCGGCAAAUGUGCAUAACUACAAACGACGUGUUACAUUCUUUGAAGUUUCUUCUUGUCACAAUAGUUCUGAGGGUGAUGAUCAGCUAUGUGCGUUUACAAUCAGAGGUAGUGCAUUUCUGUGGCACCAAAUCCGCUGUAUGGUUGCUGUGCUAUUCAUGAUCGGCCAGGGUGCUGAAUCCCUUGAUGUAAUAGAUUCAUUGUUGGAUAUCGAGAGGACACCGCGAAAGCCCCAAUACAAGAUGGCUCCUGAAAUCCCGUUAGUCCUCCGGUCAUGCGAAUUUCAACAUCUCAACUUCAUUUGUUCUUCAGAUGCCGCAUUCGCGCUGCGCUCACACUUGAAGUGUGAAUCUUUAUCAUACCGACUACAGUCAGCGAUCUUCCAUGAGGCUAUCCAGUUAUGGUUGCCUUCAAACAACGAUCAGAGCUCUUGUAAUGCCAUGGACAGAAAGAAGAAAGGGGCGGUAGCACACGUUCCGAUAUUAUCUCGACCAACCGAACCUUCCUACGAAGAACGAAGGGCAAAGUUGGAGUCUAAACAACGACAGGCACAUCCAGAUGGAGCCACUGUGGGGAUUUCAGCGACUGGCUGACUGAAGUCACACAAGUUUUUUUUGCUAAAUCCCCUGUUUGCUGUUGUAUGGUAUGUUGUCAAUUAUUUUCAAAAGUAGAGUUGGAUUCUUCCAAUAUAUAAAUGCCCCUUUUAUAAAGUGUUUUA